CCUCCGCCCCGUCGGGAUCCGCCCUCACCUCCCGGCUACCAGCCCUGGUGUGGUCCAAGAUGGAGGAGGGUGCCGUAUCGGCGCCGCUCGCCCUCCGGCGGCUGCUGCUGUUCGUGGCGCUGCCGGCUAUGGGGUGGCUGACGACCAGCGCCUCCAGGCCGCCGUUGGCAGCCCCGCAGGAUGGCAUCAGAAUUAGUGUAACUACCCUGAAAGACAAUGGGGAAGUGUGUGAAGAACAGGUUGUUCUUAACAUAACCUAUGAAAGUGGACAGGUAUAUGUAAAUGACUUACCUGUAAAUAAUGGUGUAACCCGAAUAAGCUGUCGGACUUUGAUAGUGAAGAGUGAAAAUCUGGAAAAUUCGGAAGAAAAAGAGUAUUUUGGAAUUGUCAGUAUAAGGAUUUUAGUUCAUGAGUGGCCUAUGACUUCUGGUUCCAGUUUGCAGCUAAUUGUCAUUCAAGAAGAGGUAGUAGAGAUUGAUGGAAAGCAGGCUCUACAAAAGGAUGUUACUGAAAUUGAUAUUUUAGUGAAGAACCAGAGAAUCCUCAGACAUUCAAACUAUACCCUUCCUUUGGAAGAAAGUAUGCUUUAUUCUAUUUCCCAAGACAGUGACAUUUUAGUUACCCUUCCCAACCUUUCCAAAAAAGUAGAAAGUGUAAGUUCACUGCAGACUACCAGUCAGUAUCUCAUCAGGAAUGUGGAAACCACUGCAGAUGAAAAUGCUUUACCUGGCAAAUUACCUGAAACUCCUCUCAGAGCAGAGCCUCCAUCUUCAUAUAAGGUAAUGUGUCAGUGGAUGGAAAAGUUCAGGAAAGUGCUCUGUAAGUUUUGGAGCAGUGUGUUUCCAGUGUUCUUUAUGUUCCUGAACAUCAUGGUGGUCGGAAUUCUAGGAGCAGCAGGAAUCAUAACCAUCUUAAAGGUGCUUUUCCCAGUUUCUGAGUACAAAGGAAUUCUUAAGGUGGAGAAGAUGAAUGUUACACCUGUGGCAGCUAUCAGCUUUUAUCAAGAAGGCUCUGAGCAAACAGCAGAAAAACUUGAAGAUAAAAUGUACAUUUAAAAUGCCAUCUCCAAUCAUGGACUCUGAAACUUGCCAUUUGAAUACAAGUUUAUUUAAAUCAUUAAGAAUCAGUUUAUGCACAGAAAUUCCCAAACUCCUAAGACUACCUGAAAAUUGACCUCUACUGUGCCAAGUUAAAGUUCACCUUAUCCAAUGAACUAUUAAAGAAAAUUUAAGUGUAAGAGAAGGUGUGAAGAGAAUUUAAGUUACCAAAAUGAAACAAAAAGGUGAGACAGAAUGCCAAGUGCCAAUAACUUUUCAAGGUGCCUUUGCUAAGGAAAUUAUAUGAUUACUGUAAUAUGUAAGAUUUUAUAAAAAGCACUUUAUGAAAUUCUAAUUUAAAAGCUCAAGAACUUAUUUUCUUACUCAGUAUAGUAUGCCUUUAUUAAGUACAUGAUUCAGAAUAAAAAAAAUCACUUAAGUGUAUCAAGAUUUGUCCUGUACCAAGACUACUUACCUUGAAAGCAUCAGUAUUAAAUAGUAGUAACAUGUUCUCACUCCAAAAUAAACUUUUUAAAGAUUUGUUUUAA